CUCUCUCUGCCUCUCCUCACGACAGAGCACUUUAGAGUGAAAUUGUGGACAGUCCGAGAGCUGAUUAGGACAAACUUCCUUCCUCCUCUGAGCCUCGUCAACAUGGAGUCAGGAGGUUAUAAGCGCCGGGACAGCUAGCACUGCUCAAACCGCUCAGAAGAUGUGGGGUGCUCUGCUGCUGCUUCUUUGGGUGCUCUCAGGGAUGGCCUGGGGGACACAGCCCACAGGGGGUUACUGCAUUGGAAACAGUUGUUUUGCCCUCUUUGAGAUGGUGGUUGACUUCAGUAGAGCGCAGGACAUCUGCAGCCAGCACAGAGGACAUCUGAUGACUGUGCGGUCCUCUGUAGACCAUGACAGUCUGUCCUUAUUACUGGGGAACAGCAGCGGGCAGCACUGGAUUGGAUUACACCUCCCCAAAGGUUGUCCGGACCUCACUGUGGAUCUCAGGGGAUUCCAGUGGGUCACUAAAGACACAACAAGUAACUUUUUAAACUGGGCGGACACUCCCUCUGACAGCUGCUCCUCCUCGUCCCCUCGCUGUAUUUUUGUAUCCAAUGAUGACAAGUUCCUGUGGCACGAAGACCUAUGCAAAAACCCCAAAAAUGGCUUCCUCUGCGAGUACAGUUUCCAUGACAUGUGCCCAAGCUUUAAAAACACUGAAGUAUUUUACACUACACCUUAUGGUUUUAUAGUUGAUGACGCCACGUCUUUGCCAGCUGGUAGCAUCGCUGAACAUCCAGAUGAAAUCAAACAGGUGUGUGCAUCCCAACAGUGGCUAAAAGCACCGUGGAGCUGUGAGAUCCAAGGAGGAGGUUGUGAACAUAAAUGCACAAGAACUCCAGAAAACGGUCCUGUGUGCUACUGUCCUGCUGGCUUCAUCGUCAAUUCUACCAACGAUAGAACUUGCGAACUUGCGACAGAUGACCCAUGCUUGCAGCUCAAUUGCGAACACGCCUGUUACAAAUAUCUCAGUUCGUUCCUAUGCACUUGCAAUGAAGGAUUCGUUCUGGCCGACGAUAUGAAGUCUUGCAUUGAUUUUGACGAGUGCACGGACGAAAGGCAGUGUCCGGCAGAUGAAGAAAAAUGCAUCAAUACUCUGGGCGGAUUCGAGUGCGUUUGUGAAGAUGGCUACAGGUUAGAUGGCGGCACAUGUGUUGACAUUGACGAGUGCCCUUCUGCACCUUGCGAGCACAUGUGUGACAACAAACCAGGUGGGUAUGACUGUUCAUGCUUCGAUGGAUACAAGGUAGACCCCAGCUCUCCAGAUAGGUGUAAGCUAUACUGUGGUAAGGAGGAGUGUCCUGCCGAAUGUGACCCUAAUAAUAAAUACCACUGUUCAUGCCCCGAUGGAUACAUUUUAGAAGAGCGUGCAAGCGGUUCAGUUUGUAUGGACAUAGACGAAUGCGAGUACGAGUCUUGUGAGCAAUUCUGUGAGAACUCAUAUGGAGGCUUUGAGUGCUUUUGUAAGCGGGGAUUUACACUGGUGGAUGGAUUUAAGUGUGUAAAAGAAGAGAUUGAUGGGGCUACACCUACAGAGGUCACAAAGGUUACAGAGGGCAUGGAGGUCGUCACCGUGGCGCCCACACACAGGCCCUCUGCUGUGAGCGUCGGGGGUCUCGUGGGGAUCAUUAUAUGCACUGUUUUCUUUGUUUUAUUAGCUCUGUUUCUUUUACAUCGCAUAUUGUACAGCAAAAGGAAAACAGGCAGUCCAGUGACCCUCAAAGCUGCAGAAGGCACGGAGGCACAGAGUCUGCAGCAGGUGACCACAGAAACUGCCUCGGAGAAAAUGUAGAACAGGACAUUUCUGCUUCUAUAGAAUAUGCUGUCGAACUGUUUGUGAGCACAACAUGAGCUGUUAAAGGUGAAACAUGUAAGAUACUUGAUGGACACCCCUUCUGCUUUUCUCAUGAUAAUAAGAAGCAGAAUUAUAUUUAAGUAAAUUAUUUUUGUUACCAACCAGCAGAAGAAAUAGAGUUAUCAAGAAAAAAGUUAAAGCUAAAAUCAAAUACCAGUAUCACAGUAAAAAUAAAGUCCAAUAGAUUUGUCUUUCUAAUCAGCAAAACUCCCAGUGAAAAUAAAUACAUUAUAACUUAUAACAUAUUUACAUAUUUAGCAUUUACAAUCUUACAAAACCAAUAAUGUUGCUGCUUUGUGUGGAAUGUCCAACAAUGUGGUAUGAAUGUAUUUAACUUUACUCAUUCAACUAUAGGUAUUUUUUUUUAACUUAAGUUUAGUGAAGUUUCCAUGGAGAUUACUUAGUCUUAUGAAUAUUGGGGAACAUUCCAGGCAAAACAAUAAUACCUACAUCCAGAAAAGACAGUUUGAGAGUCUUUUUACAUAUUGCACCUUUAACACGCCAUAGCACAAUUAUUUUACAGUAAGAGUCACAGUGGUUGAUAUGGUGAGCACGUGCCAUACACACUGUUGGGCUAAACCAGGGAAAUAGACGUAAUCAGGUUGGUACUAUAUGCAACGCAAUUGUUCUCAGUGUUUUAAAAAUCCUGACCACAGUCUUGACUACAAAACUCUCCACUGUUCUGUAUGGGCAGCACUGGUCACUUUUGUAACUCACACCACUCUGGUUUGUUAUGGAGAGUCAGUUGGUUACUACAUGUGUGAAUGGCAUAAAUGUGUUGUAUAAUUUGUACAUGAUGAUUAUGAAAAGCAUUUUUAUUUUUCACUUUUUAAGCACUUUUUGUCUUGGUGGCUUGUUAUUUUGGGGGGGAGGGGGUAACAGUAGUGGCAGUAGCUCAGUUGGUACGGUGUUUGUCCACUGACCUGAAGGUUGGCUGUUUAAAUCCCGCUUUUGACAUAAACAUCAUCGGUUGAGCGGUCAGAUCCACUGACCCACAGGCUGGUGGUGUGGUUCCUUGACGUAAAGCACUUUGAACACCUUGAAGGUGGAAAAGCUCUAUAUAUAUAUAAAAAAAAAAAGAUAUGCUUUGAUUUACCGAUGCGAUUACACAAUGACAAACAGCCUCAUAUUUACAUUUUGGUAAUACAGUAUUGACAUCUGAAUGUAUUAUCUAAUGUGACCAAUGCAGUUCAGUUCAUAUACAAGCUACUUCUGUAAUCACAGCUGCCCUGGGACAGACUGAUGUAAGCGAGGAGGCCAAUCUCUGCCAUCGGCCCCUCCUGCACAUUCAUACCAGGAAAGAUGGAUGUGUCUUGCCCAAUGACACAAUGACACUAUGUACUUGUCCGAGCGGCGUUCCACCUGUCAACCAGUGAGUUGAGUUGAUGAUAAAUAAAUACAAUCAUUAAAAAAAAGAAAUAAAUAAAGCUCAUGCCUCCGUGACAAUAGCCUACAAGACUUAUGGAGUUAUAAUAAACAUCCAGCUGAAAUAUGUUUCCUCCAUCUGCACUGAAAACAAAAACACAUUUAUUAUUGAAGUAAAAGGAAAUGAGUUUUGCCUUUGAUUUUGUCUAAUAAAAUAAAGAUAGUUUGUCUUUG